CUGACUGAUAAGGGGCAUGGACAAGACCCGCAAUAUGACCAGUGACGAGCUGGACAUGGAGAUGAUGGCGGAAGCCGAGCUCGCGAGGCUGCAGAGGCAGUACCGCAUUAUGGAAGGCGACCGCAAAGCUUUCCUUGACGAAGUUACCAACAAACUCAAAAAACAGCAGCGCAUCAUCUCUCGACUGAAAAAAGAAAAAGAUGAUUUGACGGCAGACAUCAAAGUAGCGACAUCCGACGGCCAAAAACGCAAAGACACCACGACUUCCUUCCAAUUAGAAAUUCUCCUCCAAAAACACGACGACCUAAUCGACCAACUCAAGAAAGAAAAAUUCCGCUUGGAAGAAAUCAACCAACAAGUCAAGAAAACAGAAAGACAAGUGGAAAAACUCAAACUGAAAGAAGUUACAGAAGGAGAAUAUCAAGAGAGGAUCAAAUCUGGCCGAAAAUCCGUGCAGAUGCUCGAAAACAAACUGGAAACCAUGAUCAAGCGAUUCUGUACAGUUUUGACCGAAAACAAACAAAUGCGAGAAGAAAUCGACCACCUGUUAAAGGAGAGGACAAGAUUUAAUGCAAUUUGGGAAAAACUGAUUUUUGAUCUUAACACGGGGAAAAAGUUCAUGCUGGAUUUGAUUGAACAGGCCACUAUGGCGUAUGAUCAGAGGGAAGAGUGGUGCUCGAAACUGCACGCUUUGAAAAUACGAGCCCAUAAUGACGUCAUAGUGCAUACCCAGGAAAUGAGAGAAAUGCAACGCCAGUUGGACCACGACGGCAAAUUGAGAGAGUUUUUGACUAUUAAAGGCCAAAAACGUGUCAUGCGUGACUUGGAAGAAAAAGAAAUGAGAAAGAAAGAACAGGAGAAGGAAGAAUUAGAAAAGCAAAUCAAAAUCUUCCAAGAAACGCUGGAUAAAAUCAAGUCGUUUUGUGAAGAGGGUGAUGUGGAAAAGAUUGCUGUUAAAUACACGAAGCAAGAAGAAGAAAAUUUUGCCCUCUUUAAUUACGUGAAUGAGUUGAAUCACGAACUAGAGGUUUUAGAGGAGUCUAUUGAAGACAUUAAAACGAGAAUUAGUGAACAGAAAGAAAUAUGUGAACAAAAAGCCAAAAAGGAGAAGAAUACAUUAGAAAGCUUGACUAAAGCUUUAGAAAAGGCGACAAAAAUAGCUGACAACGAUGAAGAAAUUUUGAAGAAGGCGGAACACGCAUUGUCGGAGGUUUUGGUAGGCAUAAGAGGUAUUUUUGAAAGUGUCGGGUGUGAUUUUACACCAAUUUUGGGUCUUUUGGGCCAAAACCCAGACGUCAAUGAAGAUAACGUUUUAAUCUACUUGGGACUGAUCGAAAAGAAAAUUUCUGGUUUGAUAACAGCGGUAUACUUCAAAGAGAAAUCUGUGAGUAAAAGUACAAACAAACUUUGCUGUAACUCUACACAUUUGAUUAUAGCUCAUGAGGAAGAGAAUUCGCUGAUCUUCUUAAUCACUUUUGUUGUAAAAAUGCCUUCCCUCGUUACAGUACAGAAAAACACGAAUAAAGACAAACAAAAUGAAGAGAAAGAACUCGUUCGACUCGUUCGAGAGUUUUGGAUUCUGGACCGCGAAAGAGCAAUGUCUCAACUUACUGGCUUCACCAAACUCACCAAAGCUAGUAAAGUUGUCAACAUCUUUAAAAAAGAAUACGAAAAUAUUCUCAAGGAUUUGGCAGUAGCAACAGGUCCAGAAAAACGAAAACGAGACAAUGUUCAAUUCAAGAAUUUGGCCGCAAUUCUCCAAUUCGGCGAAAUUUGCACUGAAGAAGUUAAAACACAAAAAACAUACAUGGCUGAACUCGAACAACGAAUACGAGACGUUACUAAAAACGUGCAUGCGUUGAAAAAGAUGCAGAUUACAGAUCGACAAUACGAAGACACUUGUCACGCUGCUGUGCAAACACUUGAGACCUUAGAAAAUAAACUAGAUGCGGAAAUGAAGAAAUUUAAUAUGAUUGUGACCGAAAAUACAAGGAUGAGAGACGAAAUCACCCAUUUGUUGUGGAACCGAAGAAAUUUUCAAACGCUGUGGGGGAAACUGAUCGAUAGAUUGACAACUGGCAAAAGAAUCAUGUUAGAUUUGAUCGAACAAGCGACUAUAACGUACGAUCAAAGGGAAGAUUGGUGCAAUAAAUUGCAAAUAUUGCGGACGUCAGGACAUAAAGAUUAUGUCAUUAAUGUGGAAGAAAUGAGAAGAUACAGACAGAACAUAGACCACAUUGUAAAACUAGAAAAGUUUCUUUCUAUAAAAGGACAGAAACGGGUGGUGAAAGAUUUAAUUCAGAAGGAAACGUUAAAGAGGGUGGAAAUGCAAAAGAUCAUGGAACAAAAAAUGCAUGAAUAUAAGAUUAUGCUGACAGAGAUAGUCGAGUUUGCAAGACAAACAAACACGGACGUGAUUGCCAGAAAAUACCGUCAAAGGGAAGCCGAUAAUUUCUCCAGUUUCAAAUAUGUAAUUAACGCGAUGAACAACAUGGCGUUGGCCAAUGACACACUUGGUUCUCUCUACGAGAGUAUAGAAGAACAAAGGUUAUCGCUAGAUCAUAUGGCAGAACAGCAGACUAAAACAAUUGAAAAUUUGGAGGAACAAUUACAAAAAUCCACCCAGGAUACUAAAAUACUUACGGAUGAAAUACACCAACUUGACAAUAAGUUGGAGCGUCUGAUGAAAGACAUUCAUUAUGUUUUCAAAUUAUGUCACUGUGAUAAGGAUCCUCUUUUGCGGCUCUUGGGUGAUCAAAGCACGAUCAAAGACUACAACGUGCUACUUUAUCUUCAAGUUUUAGAAAACACUAUUUGUAACAAUAUCCUUAAUGCUACCUACAAAACUAAAUGCGACAAGAAAUUUGCUCAGAAGAGAGUAUUUAUAGAAGACACAGAGCCCACAAAGAUGCACACCAUCGAUCAAAUCGUCAAAAAUCACCCAUGCGCUUUGUGUCUGGAGCAUGAAAUGAUUUCUGAUGUUAUUGAGAAAGCCCAACGGGUGUGGAGCCGGGCAGAAGUUAAAGAACGACUGCAGAUUCGUAUCACUGCACCGGACGAUAAUCUUACGUAUUUGCAUACAUUGUCCAAAUGCCAUAUGCCGCAAGCUCGGCGCAUGCAACAGUUACGGUACCAGUAAUACAGGGAGGAGAAUGUAAGAUUUAA